AUGGCCCACGACCAUAUAGGAAAUCCACCACCGGAAAUACUUAAGCAGCUCGUGAUAACAGCAGCAGAAAGAAUGACUGGUGUUGUGAUUGGAGCCGAUGCAAAUGCUCAUCACACAAUCUGGGGAAGCUCGGACAUAAAUGAAAGAGGAGUAGAACCUACUUUUAUUAUUGCAGGCAGAAAAGAAGUUUUAGAUAUUACAUUAACUAUUGAAAACACAGAUCUUGAGAUUAAGGAUUGGAGAGUUCUUGGUGAACACUCAUUCUCUGACCAUCGUUAUAUUCAAUUCUAUAUAAAUCUACAAUGUCCAGUUGAGAAACCUUAUCGGAAUUACCGUAAUACCAACUGGAGUAGAUAUCGAACCAAUUUACUAAAUCUACUUCCUCUAUAUCCUAUUGAAGAAGUAGAGACUCCUCAAUCGCUAGAUAACGUUGUGGAAACCUUCACAAAAGCUUGCAACAUAGCCUUGGACCGUUCUUGCCCGCUAAAAUCACAGAGGGGAAAGAAAAAGCCAUUGUGGUGGUCCGAGGAAAUAAGUGAUCUUAGGAAAUCAAGCAGAAACUUGUUUAACAAGGCCAAGAGAAGUAAUCUUAACACUGACUGGGACAUCUACAAAGUCAGUCUAAAAAUAUAUAAAAAUGAAAUAAAAAGAGCCAAAACACGCUCCUGGAAAGCCUUCUGUGAAAGCGUGGAGGGUUGUCAAGGAAUAGCAAGGUUUAGGCGCAUUCUCUCGAAAAAACCCUCUAAUCUAGUCUACUUAAAAGACGAGGUCAAUGGGUGGACACAUAGCAGCGAAGAAUCGGCGGCAUUGUUACUGAAUAUACAUUUCCCAGAUAGUGACAUACCAAAUAACCUUGGAAUAAACCAGGGGUUUACAUGUGACUCAUCUGUAGUGAAUAAUAUUGUCACCAGAAGGAAAAUUAAAUGGGCUAUAGAUAGCUUUCUACCAUACAAAUCACCGGACCUGGAUGGAAUUAUACCAGCCCAACUUCAUGAAGCAAGGGACAUCUCUUGCAACUGGCUCACACCAAUCUUUAAAGGUUGUCUUUCCUUAGGGCAUAUACCAGAGAAAUGGAAAUUGACAAAGGCAGAAACUAAACCACCACCUCAAUUAUAA